AUGGCAGUUGUGUCCACGUCACUCACCGGAAUCGGAUCUCAACUCUCCGGCCACUUUUCCGGCAUCCGCAAGUCAUUUCUCAAGCUUGACAACUCCAAUUUCAACUCAACUCACUCUUUCUUCCAAAAUGUGGAUUCUCACCUCCGCCUUUCGUCAUCUCGGAAAGGCUGUCGCGGCGUCGUCACCAUGGCUGGCUCUGGCAAGUUCUUUGUUGGUGGAAACUGGAAGUGUAAUGGGACAAAAGACUCCAUAAGCAAGCUUGUCUCUGACUUGAACAGUGCAACGUUGGAGUCUGAUGUUGAUGUGGUUGUGGCACCUCCUUUUGUUUACCUCGAUCAAGUAAAAAACUCACUAACUGAGCAGAUAGAGAUAGCUGCACAGAAUUGUUGGACUGGAAAAGGUGGUGCUUUUACUGGAGAGAUCAGUGUGGAACAACUAAAAGAUCUUGGAUGCAAGUGGGUUGUUCUUGGGCACUCUGAACGUAGACAUAUACUUGGAGAAAAUAAUGAAUUUAUUGGAAAGAAGGCUGCAUAUGCCUUGAGCCAGAAUCUUGGAGUAAUAGCCUGCAUCGGAGAACUUUUAGAAGAAAGGGAAGCUGGAAAAACUUUUGACGUCUGUUUUCAGCAAAUGAAGGCUUUUGCGGAUGCUGUGCCAAGUUGGGAUGACGUUGUCAUUGCAUACGAGCCAGUAUGGGCUAUUGGAACUGGUAAAGUGGCCACACCAGAGCAGGCUCAGGAAGUGCAUGUAGCUGUUCGCGAUUGGCUUAGUAAGAAUGUUUCAGCAGAAGUUGCAUCUAAAACGCGUAUUAUUUAUGGAGGUUCGGUCAAUGGAGGUAACUGUGCAGAGCUUGCAAAAAAAGAAGAUAUUGAUGGAUUUCUCGUGGGUGGCGCUUCCUUAAAGGGCCCUGAGUUUGCCACCAUUAUUAAUUCUGUGACUUCCAAGAAGGUCAUCUUGAAUUCAAUUGGUUUAUAUAAAGAAGUGCAGACAGUCGUUAUAUCAUACGUGUUGAUCCCGAAAAAUGAGCCAACAGUUGUCCGGUUCACUCUUGUCAAGUCAAGCAAGUUUCGGUGUGAGUGGUAA